AGGGUAUAAAGGGCCGGGUGGAGGGCGCUCGGGCACAGCAAGUGUCCCCAGCACCAGGACUGCACCACGAGACUCCCCAGCCCAGGGUCCUGAUCUCCAGCCAGAAGCCAUGCUGCUGUGGCUGACCCUCGCCCUCCUGUGGAGCAGCCCCUGCUGGGCGGGGCAGAUGUUCGGAAACGGAAAAGGCUCCUAUUUCAUCACUAGUAAAGACAAUGAGACGGGAAUCACUGGGAUUCGGGUUUUUGUAGGGCCUGUGGGCCUAAUCAAGAGUAUCCAGGUGAUGUAUGGAUCCUCCUGGAGUGAAAAAUACGGAAUUCCAGGUGGGAAAGCGCACGAACUCAUCCUGCAUCCUGGCGAGCACAUCAUAAGCAUCUAUGGAAGGUACAAGACCUUCCUUCAGCACGUGACUCUGAUCACCAACCAAGGGCGCUCGGCCUCAUUCGGACUGGAAACUGGCAAGGGCUUCUUCGCUGCCCCGAACCUGACCGGGCAGGUGCUCGAGGGCGUGUACGGGCAGUUCUGGCUCUAUGGCAUCACGGGCAUUGGCUUUACCUGGGGUUAUCCUCGAGAGGGCUUAGCCUCUGUGCCACCCAGUGACGACCCAUUCUGAAGAGGGGACCCCUGGGUCGCCAGCGCUGGGGUAUCAGUUACCCUGCCAAGGCCGUCUGGCUGACGUCAGGCACAUGGCACAGGGUACCCGAGUUACAACUCUGAGACACCAGUAAAUAGGUGAUUCAGAUCAAAUUGGUGAUCAAUAGGACCCACCAAUAAAUCAAGCUUCUGCAGGAA